AUGACCUCGUUCGCUAUCAAGUAUCUGAAGAAGGAAAUGGCGACCGGAUGUGCCGAUACAAUCUACAUGAGCGACAAAGGCGUCUCCGAUAACGGCUACCACAGUUCCAACGUGUCGCCCGGAAGUGUCAACCGACAGACGCCGUCGCCGAUCGACAGUGGUCUGGAAUCGGAUAAUUCCCCGGGAAGAGCGACCAAAGAGAGAAGUCUGAUCGAUGGCGUUCUUGCCGAGCUUGACAAUCUCAAAGCCAGCACCUCGUUGUCGCACGAAGGCGGCGACGGUGUCGGAGCCGACGGGAAGCCGACGCACUCAUACAUCGCGCUCAUUUCCAUGGCGAUCCUGAGCGUUCCGGAGCGCAAGAUGCUCCUCUGCGACAUCUACCAGUACAUCAUGGACACGUUCGAGUACUACAACAACGAGGAGAAGCCCUGGAGAAACAGCAUCCGCCACAACCUAUCUCUGAACGAGUGCUUCAUCAAGGCAGGCCGCUCAGAUAAUGGAAAGGGUAACUUCUGGACCAUUCAUCCCGCCUGUAUCGACGAUUUCGCACGUGGAGACUUCAGAAGACGCCAAGCUAGGCGUCGAGCAAAGAAGUGCACGAAGAUGGUUUCCGGUCAUCAGAUGGAUCGCUCUGCAUGCAGCCUAAACGUCGGCUACGUUCCAAUGACGUCAUCACACAUCGCCUACCACCCAUACAGCAACGCCGCAUCCAUGUACUACAAGCAGCAGUCGACAGCGUUUAGCCCGGUCAGCCCAGCGCAUUCUUCGAUUACGUCACGAUCGCCGCCGUUGACGUCACAUAGCAAUCAUAUAACAGACCAGUCCGCGUACUGGCCGGAAUACUCAUACAUGUCCAGCCCGGCGAUGUCGGCUGCAGCGCAGCGGUUCCUAUCGGAUCAUACGGGAGUGGCCGCCUACACGAUGCAGGCAUACGCACAACAGGCUGCCCUGGCGUCCUCGUUACAUUACUGA